CACAACCAUGUGAUGAUACCUUCUCAUUAUAAGAAUGCUUGCCCAUAUAGCAUUUGACUAUAUAUAUCCUAAGUGCUAACAUUACCCACCCAUUGUCAAAGCUAGCUUCUCUCUUGUUCAACAAAGUUCUUCAGAUCAAUUUCAACCAAGUUUUUAAACACCAACUACUUACAGAAAUCAUGGGUAUCCGCUUGCCCAUGAUUUAUGCUAAACAGAUUCUCCAUCGGGUUCUUUCAACUACAGUGGCUGCAGAUGUCCCCAAAGGCCACUUUGCUGUUUAUGUUGGAGAAGCCAAGAAGAGGAGAUUUGUAGUCCCAAUUUCAUAUUUGAAGCAUCCUUCAUUCCAAAACUUGCUAAGCCAAGCUGAAGAAGAGUUUGGGUUUGAUCAUCCAAUGGGCAGUCUCACAAUCCCAUGCAGAGAAGAGGCCUUCGUUAAUAUCACUUGUAGUCUGAAUUGCUGCUGAGCUAGGAGAAAAGUGUCGAAAUGUAGCUAAAAUGAGACAAACACUCUGACAUCAUUGACCCUAAGAAACCAAUCUCUCCAAUUUUGAACUAGGAGAUUUGGGUUUUUUUUUUUUUUUUUUUUUUUUUUUUGUAAUUUAAUGUAGAAUUUUAUUUCAUUUUCUAUGUGGAGUAAAUUGGGAGUUGAAUCUCUUCAUGAUAAUUGAAUACCUUGACUUUUUAUAUUUUAUUUAUUUUUGUUGAUUGAAAAGCUCUUUCAUCAAAUGUUAUAGCAACCAAUCCACAGUAUCUACAAGAUUUGUUGUGCUGUAUCACUUUUAGUUAGCAAAAGCCUA